CAAAGACCUAAGCUUCAUUGCUGGCCCAGGAUUAUCGGAACUACUUUUUGAUAAUUCCUACGAACAUUCUAGAGCCUUUAUAAUGAACUGGCAUCUGGAGCUCGUUCUGUGAGUGUAGUUAUAGCUGGCGAUUUACUGUUACGAUUUCCCGAUGGCAGGACGAGCACUACAAUUAGCACCCCAUGAUGAUAAAUCUAUGGUUCAAAGUGACCUAACAAUGCUUUCUCCGGCGUUAAAUAAUGGAUUAUCACCACCUCCUACUCCUCCAGUGUAUACAGCCAUUCCUACGAGUCGUCGAAAGUUGAUCCUUGGUAUUGUGACGCUGGUGGGACUUCUUGGGCCUCUUGCUGGCAAUAUAUACUUGCCAGCGCUUCCUAUACUGGCACGCGAGUUUCGUGUGAGUAGUACCGUUAUAAAUGCCACAGUAUCGGUUUUUAUGGUCGUUUUCGCGUUUGGGCCACUGUUUUGGGCUAGUUUUGCAGAUCGACGAGGGAGACGUCCCCUUUAUAUUAUUUCAAUAGCGAUCUAUAUUCUAGCCAACGUCUUGCUUGCUACUUUGCCAUCCAAUAUCGGUGCGUUGUUCUUUCUCCGCAUUUUACAGGCAUUUGGGUCGUCAGCAGUGGUGUCGAUGGGAGCUGGAACAGUAGCAGAUACUACAGAACCGAGUCGCCGAGCUAAGGCAAUGUCAUAUUUUCUGCUUGGGCCACAGUGCGGUCCUAUUUUGGGUCCCAUUCUCGGAGGGUCACUGGCUGGGGGAGCAUCUUGGAGAUGGAUGUUUUGUUUUCUUGCAAUUCUAAGCUGUGUUCUAUGGAUGGUUAUAAUCUUCUUUCUGCCCGAAACUCUUCGGGCAAGAGUUGGCAAUGGUGAAAUAUAUUCUGAGAGUAGAUGGAUUCUGUUUCCACCAAAGCUGGUCUCAGAGCUAGUAUCAGGAGACAAAAAAGGCCCAUCACCCCCGAAAGUGACUCUACUAACAUAUUGGCGGCUCUUCAAGUACCCGCCUAUCGGAAUUGUCUCUUUCAACACUGCGAUUAUCUAUUCCUCUUAUUUUUGCAUUGUAGUGCAGCUUCCAACGGCAUUGGAAAAGACGUAUCAUUGGACAACCACCGAGUCUGGUGUAGGGUUUGUAGCUGUGGGUGUUGCCAUGGUUAUCGGAUCUAUGUUUGGGGGCCGUUUCUCUGAUUGGCGACGUGCUCGUCUGGUAGCAGCUGUGGGAGAGAAGCAAGUAGCACCAGAAACUCGACUUGUCGAUCAAGUUUGGGGUGUUUUACUAUGUGUUGGUGGUCUGGUCAUGUUUGGCUGGUUCGUUGAUAGGUCUAUACACCCUGCUGCCACCUUGAUUUCCACAUUCCUUACUGGGUUUGGCAUGUCAUGGAUUUUCGUGACUACCAACGCUUUUUUGACGGAGUGUGUUGUUCAACAAGCUGCAGGGGCAUUUGCCCUGGGAAAUAUGCUUCGCAGUCCUGCUGCUGCGGUGGCCGCUGCUAUUAUUAGCCCUCUUGUGAAAAACAUGGGCUGGGGUUGGUGCUUUACAGGGCUUGCAGUUCUGAAUCUCGUCGUCGUGGGAAGCUCGGUAAUAAUCUUACGUACUCAAUCUCCAGGGUGGAGAAAGGCCAGGAAUGAAAAGAUGAAAAGAGGGGGAAAUGGCGGACAGUAA